CCGAAAAGGGACAAGAGGAGGAGCAUGAACUCCCACGUCCUCUCCGAAAGCCUCUAAAACAUCCCAGCUGUGCACAUUUGUAAGUUGAAGUUCGACCAUGCUGGGCGAUAAGACGCUGGCGGCUACGGGGAUCUUUUUGGUGGGGCUCUUCUCGUUCGGGGAGGGCAUCAUCGGGGGCAGGGAGGCAGCGGCCCACUCUCGGCCUUACAUGGCAUCCAUCCAAGUGGCCGAGGGAGAUGGGAUGAAGCACGAGUGCGGAGGCUUCGCUGUGGCCGACCAGUGGGUUAUGACGGCUGUGCACUGUCUGCCCACAGGAGCCAACGGCAGAAAGGUUGUCCUGGGCGUUCACUCGCUGAGUCAAGCUGAGGACACCAAACAGACGUUUGAGAUCCUGGAGCUCCACAAUCACCCUCAGUACAACCCGGACAACUACGACAACGACAUCGCUCUCAUCAAACUGGACCGCCCGUUCAACGCCUCUGAGUCGGUCAAGUCGGUGGGCUUCCUGCGAGCCGGCGGCAUCGACCCCGGCACAGAUGCCGAGGUGGAGACGGCCGGUUGGGGCUCCCUGGACAACCUGGGCUCCAGACCCGACAUGCUGCAGGAGGCGCUCAUCCGGGUGGUGAGCUCCACCCGCUGCCGACGGAGCGACUACUUUGGCAGGAAGUUCACUGCCAACAUGAUAUGCGCUCACAAGCUGUGCCCGGAGCCUUGCAACCAGCCGCACAAAAUGGAGGACUCCUGUGACGGCGACUCCGGCGGUCCUCUCCUCUACAACGGCGUGGUGGUCGGCAUCACGUCCAACGGCGGCAAAAAGUGUGGCCAGAUCAAGAAACCGGGCAUCUACACAAUCGUCUCGCACUACAGUGAGUGGGUCGAUGGCGUCAUGGGCCUUGGGCCAGACGCCUGAACAUGCAAUAGUAACGCUCACAUAAUUAGCAGCACUUAACGCUUUCACGUUGUCUCGUCGCACGAGCAGACGAGAAAAUGCAGCAAUUAAAUGUCAAUGACACAAAA